UGUUAUCGUUAUAUAAUAUGAUACUAGCUGAUACUAAACAUUAUUUUUGAUUGGCUGCGAUGUGAUUAAUACAUUAUUCAUCGAAACGUGUUUCAAGUUUCACCAAAGGAAACCUUAAGCUAAGUACAGAGUACUCUAUGAAUUUCAUCAAAGGAUAGAAUAGAGACUUUAGUAUAACCGAAGCAUCAGAAACUAUAAAAUAAUUAUUUAAAGGCUUUAGAUCGAAUUGGAAGCUCGAUUCCUACCACGGGAUAGAAAAGUAUACUGAAUUAUUGAGUAACAAGCAUUAACGAAGAGAGAAGUAGGAGAUUGUGAGUGGGCGGGGGCGGCCAUACUCAAACAACCGCCGAACGAAGUGCGCGGCACAGCGCAGAAAUGAGACGAUAAUAAACCGCAUCAUAAUCAUAUCGUUCGUAAACCCGGGGUGGGUGACGGUAACGGGUGUAAGUGCCUCCAUUGAAACGAAAAAUUACGGAAGGAAGCGAAGACGGAAGUGUGAGAAGUGUUAAAGAAAGAGACGAAAGCGGCCCGACGAAUCGAGGUGCAGAGAACGGUAUGAGUGCAAAGACAGACGUGAACAGGCGAGUCCUAGCAAUACAGGCCAAAAAAAAAAGGCACAAGCCAAGUAAGCGAAAAGGAAAGGGUAACGCUCAAGAUGAAUCAGAAACAUCAGGAGCUCAAUGCUCGAAAGCUUCGGCUACUCAACAAGGACAAGGAUCGGGUUUCUAUCAGGAUGCUUCUGCACAGAGACCAUAUUCCAGUGACAAUGGAAACAGAUUGGAACCAUGUCAUAGCUCAAGUAACGAAACAAUGGAGGAUGGUGAUGAAGUAUACAGUAGUGAGGAUGAAGAACAAGAGGACAGUAGUGACUAUUGUAAAGGAGGAUAUCAUCCUGUUAAAAUAGGAGAUUUAUUCUUAAAUCGUUAUCAUGUAACUCGUAAACUUGGUUGGGGUCAUUUUUCAACAGUCUGGCUUUGUUGGGAUUUACAGGAUAAACGAUUUGUGGCACUUAAAGUCGUCAAAUCUGCAUCUCAUUUUACUGAAACUGCAUUGGAUGAAAUUAAAUUAUUAAAAGAUGUGCGUGAUAUAGAUCCCAGUGAUCCUAAACGCAAUAAAACCGUCCAGUUACUCAAUGACUUCAAGAUCAGUGGCAUUAAUGGUUUGCAUGUUUGCAUGGUAUUUGAAGUGCUUGGGCAUAAUCUUCUAAAAUUGAUCAUCAAAUCCAACUAUAGAGGAAUUCCAAGAAACAAUGUUAAACGUAUCAUCAGACAAGUUCUUGAAGGUCUUGAUUAUCUACAUAAUAAAUGUAAAAUUAUUCAUACAGACAUCAAACCCGAAAAUGUCCUUGUUUGUGUUGAUGAAGCUUAUAUAAGAAAAUUGGCUUGUGAAGCUACAGAAUUACAUUCACUUGGAAUGAAGUUGCCAGUAUCUUUAAUCUCAACUGCACCAAAGGAAUUCCAAGAACCUACUCCUAAUUCUAAAAUGUCAAAAAAUAAAAAGAAAAAACUUAAGAAGAAAGCGAAACGUCAAAAUGAAUUAUUAAAGAAACAAAUGGAACAAAUAGAAGAACUUGAAGAACAAGAUAAACUCGCAAAUAGUACAAGAGCAAAUGGAGAAUUAGAAACAAAUAGUCCAGAUCAAGACAUAAAUACAGAAAGUAUAGAAGAUAAUACUGAAAGCAAAGGUUCACCUGAUAUCUUAGAACCAUCAGCACCUUCAUUACACAUAAAUGGUGUAGAUAGUUUAACAGCUGAAGAGAAAGCAGAAAAUCAAUUACCUCAACAACCUGAAAAAAUGGAAAAUGCAAACUCAUGUGACAUAGAGAAGAAUUGUGGUGAAGAAGUACAUUCACCUGAUCAUGAAGAUACAGACGAGUGUAGUGAAGGUCGCAAUUUACAUCCACCUGAAAGUAAACAAUUGAAAAGAGCAUCUGUAGCUCCUUUAGAUCCUGCCCUAGUAGAAUGUGAUGUUGAAGUAAAAAUAGCAGAUCUUGGUAAUGCAUGUUGGGUCUACAGAAAAUUUACAGAUGAUAUUCAAACUCGUCAAUAUAGAUCAUUAGAAGUGUUAUUAGGCUCUGGAUAUGAUACAUCUGCAGAUAUAUGGUCCACUGCCUGUAUGGCAUUUGAAUUAGCGACUGGUGAUUAUCUCUUUGAACCACAUAGUGGUAAUUAUUAUUGCAGAGACGAAGAUCAUUUAGCACAUAUUAUUGAAUUGCUUGGAGAAAUACCAAGACAUAUUGCUCUUUCUGGCAAAAACUCAAAAAUGUACUUCAAUAAGAAAGGUGAACUGAAGCGGAUUACUGGACUAAAACCUUGGGGACUGUACGAGGUGCUUACAGAAAAGUACGAUUGGUCGCCAAGAGAAGCGCGCGAGUUUGAAGAGUUCCUAACUCCGAUGCUAGCGUUUGACCCGAGUAUGCGAGCUACAGCAGCAGAGUGCCUGAAGCAUCCGUGGCUGAAAAUCAAAAAGUGAUCAUUUUUUUUAUCGUUUUAUCUUUAAAUUCUUCAACACAACUACACUUCUACCAUCCUGAUGUAAUUAUACAUAUGUCGGGAGUGUGACAAGAGGCAACGACCGACAAUGGUCAGGUUCUUUCGCAUUAUACAUAUAGCUUUAUUUUUGCGUGACGAGUGCAUCACCACUGAAGAAAACGCACAGUAUAAAAUUAUUUAAUAUUUAAUAUUAUAAUAUUAUUAUAAUAUACAUACAUAAUGUAAUAAUGUUAUAAUAUUUAAUAUUACAGAAUGCAAAAUUAUUAAAAAUAUAUUUUAUAAAUUAUAAUUUAGAAAUGAUUUUUACCUUUUUUAGCUAUUGGUAAUUUUGAUUAUCAUUUACGUCCACGUGAUUAUGACUAAUUUCAUACAGCAAAGGAGAUAUUUAAUAUUGGGACAAUUGGAAAAGAAAGAACUUGCUACAUUCCACCAAAUUCCAAUAUUUGCUACAGUUGAGUAUGCUUCUAAUUGUAACACUCUCGACGAUGGCUGCCUACUUGUGUAUUUAUAAAUUUGUUAAAUCAUGUUUUUCAUUUAGUAUAAUGCUACCUUAAAUUAAAAUUUCAUAGUACUUUAUUAUUUUACAUGGUCAUCGUUAUAUUAUCCUUUACACUACUUGUCACUUAAUUUAUAAAAUAUCCCAAGAGUCAUGGGACCUACUCAUAAUGUACUUUAAGAAAGGGCAAGCCCAUUGUUGUAUUAUAACGAAUAUUGAAAUUUUCAUUAAAAUAUUUCUUUUUCAUUAAAUUGAUUAUUCGAAAUUUA